AUGGAUGGACACAACCUAACCGCACCGGAUGAAUUCAUCCUAGUGGGCCUCACAGACCUCCCCCAGCUGCAGGCUCUCCUGUUUGGCUUCUUCCUCAUUGUGUACAUGGCAUCGGUUGUGGGUAACUUGGGCUUGAUCAUCCUCACCAAGGUAGAUCCUAGGCUGCAAACACCCAUGUACUUUUUCCUAAGACAUCUAGCCUUCACUGAUCUUGGCUAUUCAACAGCUGUGGGGCCCAAAAUGCUUAUAAAUCUUGGGAAAAAUCAACAGACGAUCUCCUAUAAUUGGUGUGCUACCCAACUCACUUUCUUCAGUAUGUUCAUCACUAGUGAAGUUUUUAUUCUGUCUGCAAUGGCCUACGACCGCUAUGUGGCCAUCUGCAACCCUUUGCUUUACACAGUCAUCAUGUCACAGUGGUUAUGUGAAGUGCUGGUGGCCGUCCCUUAUCUCUACAGUGUCUUUUUGUCUUUGCUGACUGUCAUAAAGAUUUUUACUUCCUUGUUUUGUGGCCAUAACGUCAUCAGGCAUUUCUACUGUGACAGUCUUCCCUUGAUAUCUUUGCUGUGCUCCGACACACUUGAAAUUAAAUUGAUAAUUCUGAUCUUUUCAGUUUUUAAUUUGCUUUCAUCUCUUCUGAUAGUCCUUGUGUCCUACAUUCUAAUCCUUGUUGCUAUACUCAGGAUGAAUUCUGCACAAGGCAGGGCCAAGGCCUUCUCCACCUGUGGAUCUCACCUGACUGUGAUAGCUGUGUUCUACGGGACUCUAUUCUUUAUGUACGUACAGCCCAAAUCCAGUCAUUCCUUUGAUACUGAUAAAAUGGCCUCUCUAUUUUACACGUUGGUAAUACCCAUGCUGAAUCCCAUGAUCUAUAGUUUGAGGAACAAAGAUGUGAAAAAUGCUUUAUACAGAAACUGGAAAAUGUGUGCAAAUAUUCUAUUUAAAAUUAAUUGUACGAUAUGGUAA